AUGGCCACUUCUCCUGCCGCGCUGCUUCUGCUCGUCCUUGCCAUCAUCUGCGCGGCAGGCGAGCACACAGAUUGCCUGAAUGCGGGCACGCGAGAGGCCGGCGCGGGAAGCGUGAAGAAUGCAGGCAUGCAGGCGAGGAGUCUCAAAAAUGAGAGCAUGGCGAGAGGCAGGAACGCGAGCAUGCAUGCGGGGGUGGCCGUGGGGAGCGACAACACGGGUAGGAUAGUGGAGGUGAGGGUGCAGGUGAAGACACAGAUCAAGGUGUCAGUCGUCAGCCUUCCUGUCAGCUUCGACGCCCUCCGCUGCUUCACCCUCCCCAAUGCGGCGACCAAGGCGCUCAAGGCGACGCGGGACAUGCAGGUGUGGUGGCACGGGUUCCCAGGUGGCAGGUCCAAGGCGAGUGUAGGUGGCAGCAAGGGCGGUAGUGGAGGUGGUUUGGGUGGGAAGGUUGCGGGCAUGGUGGGGCCGGCAGGUGCGGCGUGCAAGCAGGUGCAGUUCUUUGCUAACCCCGCCUGCAAGGGCAAGGCGCUGGAUGAGGCUCUGCAGCUGCGAUACGCUGGCCUGCGCAAAUUCUUCAAUGUCCCCAGGUGGGUCGUGGGGGCACGUAGGGGCGGUGUGCCCAGGCGGGUGGGUCGUGGGGGCACGUGGGGGGGGUGGUGUGCCCAGGUAAGUGAGUAA